CCGCCAUAUAGCCCAGAUCUUAACCCAAUAGAAAACGUAUGGAGCUUACUUAAGGACCGGCUUACUAAGCUACCUAGUAGGUCUCUUGGCGUUGGCUCUACAGAUGAGAGUAUAAAUACUUUUAUUAGCGCAAUUAAACAAGAGUGGGCUAAUAUUCCACAAAGAGAUAUAGAUAAUUGUAUCUUAUCUAUGGAAAACCGAUAUACUAGAGUAGUAGAAGCACGAGGCUGGUAUACAAAGUAUUAG